GAUAAUACAUUGCUUGGAGGAGGGAGUACCUAAUAGCCUAUUCUAGAAGAUUUUAGAAGCAUGACUGCAUGAUAGAAAUUUGUAGGAUAAACAAGAAUAGUAGAACGUUCUAGGACAUGGUUUACAUUUUACAAUUAACUUUCUAAAUAGAGCUCUGCCUUCUGCUUCAAAUCUGCAACUUUACAAGAUCAUCCUCAAUCAACUAAUACAAAUGAUCAUCAUAUAAUCUGUAAAAUUUGAACAAUGGUGGGCGCUUUCUUGAGUGAUCCUUUCCGACGCUUUUACUGGAGUUCCCCAAUCUAUGGUGAAUGGUCUGCUAAUACUCCUCUUUUGGACUGGUUUGAAACUUCUACUGCGCAUUUCUUUAAAUUCAAUGUUCCAGGUUGGAGAUUUGUUCUUCUUGCCACCAGUCAAGCUAGGAUACAGCAAAGAGAACAUAAAAUUGGAGGUGGAUGAAGAUAAUGUUCUCCACAUAAAAGGGGAAGGUGGAAAAAAAGAGGAAUCACAAGGUAAAGACGUCAUUUGGCAUGCAGCCGAAAGAGGAGGAAAGAGUGACUUCUAUCGACAAAUUGAGCUCCCGGAGAACAUAAAAGCGGAUCAGAUCAAAGCACAGGUUGAAAAUGGUGUGUUAACGAUCGUUGUUCCUAAAGAUAAUAAUCCUAAGCCUUCUAAAGUCCGCACCAUUAACAUCUCCAGCAAGCUUUGAAGCUCUUACUAAAAGCUCUCAAUAAAAGGAAGCUUUAGUUGUACUGAAAUAAGGUAUUUUACUGUCAUGUGUUGUAAUAUACUGUCUAGACUUACGUUUAUUCAGAUCUACGAAUUGUUGUAUGAGACGGUCUCACCGAGAGGUGCACCUCAUAAAUGUGUUAAAUAGCAUAUCUUAUACAUAUAAUAAGAAUGUAGGUUCCUUAUUUGAGGUCGUCAAAUUAGUAAGUUUUUUCUGAUCAUCCUUUCAUGCUCUCUUGUACAUGAGAAUUCAGACAAAUUUUGUUUGAAAAGAUGGAAGGAAUGUGUUGGUUUUGUAACUGGUUUUUGUAAUAUUAUGUUUGAGAUUUGCACAUAGUAUUUGCUCUUGUAUGUUCAAUUAUUUGGUGUACACUACCUCCAUCUUCACUAUAUUCAUGACUAUUGGCGUUCAAAACUGCGCCAAAUUAAGGGGUGGAUGACACACCUUAAUUUGCUGGAAUGGGAAAGAUACGAACAGCACUCAAACACAACACAAAAAUCAGCUUCAAGAAAUCAUGUCUUGAUUUUCCGGCUGACUGAUUACGCUCCAAUGGCUUCACUCACCACCUUCGUUUAAUCGAUAAUGCAACCCAAGGAUUGACUACCUUGUGGAAUGUAGGAUAGGCUUUAAAGUUGUGUGACUAACAACUCAAAGGAAUGAGUGUAUGACUAACACUCAGAGGCUCAAACACAGUUUGAAAGAAAAACAAAAUGAUGUUUUAUUUUGAAAAAUCUGAAAAUCUCCCUUUACAAAGGUUUAGGCCUCCUAUUUAUAGAACUAUGACCAUCUAGAAUUAGUUAAGACUAAUGUUUAUACAGCCAACAAAGAAUAACGGCUAAAAAUCAACACGUGACAAACAUGUGCACGUUUUAAGUACAAAAAUCAGAAAACAGAAUGCUGAUUUAUUCUGGUAUGAUAUCAGCUGACCAGGGGACCUUGAUGUUGGUCCUGUUGGUUCUCUAUGGAUUAUUAGGACUACCCUUGGACCUUGAAUUCUAGUUCAAUGUACAAAGAUUCCAUCCCUUGGUUUUUCCUGGUCCUUGGUGCACAGGUUUGGUCGUGUCGUGCAAGGUAGGUUGGCAGGCUGUUUCUUCUGCAUUCUGUCCAUUAUUCUGCUACUGUUGUCUUAGUUUGUGCACAUUGAUUUGCUGCUGCAUUUGCUGAAAUGUCAUGCACAACCCAUUUGCUUGCUUUAUUACAUAGUCUUGAAUGUGUAAGAAACCUGCAUCAUGUCAAACAUGGUGCAAAAACGUACCUGAUGAUCUAAUAUUCAUUCAACUUAAUAAUUUAAUUCAAUUUGACACGAUUCAAAAACGGAUUUGUAGUUAUGCAAAAACCAAUAUGGACACAAAAUUCGACUUCGAAUUGAUCUGAAAUACUUGAUCCAAAAUCAACUUGAUGAUCAAAUAAAACAAAGUAACUAAAAUUAAAAUAAGUAUUAGUGGCUAGUAAGUGUUGUGUGGUAAGUAUCGUCUCCAAAUAUUCAUAGGGCAUGAGCGAAAUUGUUUCUUCUGGAAAUGGCAAGUAACUUAUGGAGUUAACAAAUGAGCGCAAUGAUGAUGUUAUAUUAAGUAUUACAAAAUGAGAGAUAAGUAGCAUUUAG